GCAAAAUCCCCGGGAUUUAGAAGAGAAGAGCAAGGGAAAUUGGCCCAAAUGGACAUCAGUGAUACCACAGAUCUUUCUAACGAGACUUUCAAGUCUUCUAUUGAUGAAAUACAGAGCUCCUGUUCAUUUACCUUCUCCUCAGGAGGAAGGCAGUCCUGGUCCAACAACUCAGGGAGCGAAUUUGAGACUGAAAGUAUAACUAGAAGCUCAGAAGAUGGAGACCAACAAUCGGAGACUUUAGACAGCAGCAAUUAUGAGAAGUUGAGUAGAAAAUGGAUUAACUACCUCAAGAGUAAAGAUUGGGACUCUGAGCAGUACCAGGCAGAUGCUAAACAACAGCCUGAAGUUCUUGGAGCAUCAGAUGAAGAACUGAAUGCUCUGCAGUCUUUUUGCACUGUUAAAAUAAACCUGAUGAAACAUAAAGUAAAUGCUAAAAGAAAGAAGAGCAGCAAGCAUAAAAAGCUGCAUUUUAGAUUGGACACAGACACUUCAGAAUUUAAUCUGUUAAACUCUGCUGUUCCUGAGGCACUCUUGAACAGAACCUAUUUUAAAAACUUGAGUAUAGUAAAAGAAGAGGCAACAACUAAGCAACAUAUUUCUUCUGAAUGUCCGGACUGUAACAGAAAAAGAGCAGAACUGGCUCAAUCUACCUUUCUAAAGCAAAAGAAGACAUUAUUGGAAUCACUUUUACUCCAGGAGAAAAUAGAUGAAAACAUUCAUACUAAAGACUUUCUUACUCGUGUUGCAGAAGCACAUCAAGACCUACCAAGGCUUUCAGAUGACCCCAAACUAAUCUGGAAAAGACUAAAGGAGAAAAGUCAGAUUGGAUACUUUGGUCUUGAAAGAUUAGAGACAAGAUAAAUGUGGAAUGGUGGAACAGACAUCACUGUUUUUCUCUGCCAUUUCUC